AUGAGCAGUUCCGCCGAUCCUGAACGAGAGCAUGCCUUGGAGGAAUACAAGACGAAACUGCUGGAAUCAAGAGAAUGGGAGGCGAAGCUCAAAGCCUUGCGGUUAGAGAUCAGGGACCUUCAAUCAAGCUUCGAUCUAUCAGAGGAGAACAUCAAGGCCCUGCAGAGCGUCGGACAAAUCAUCGGCGAGGUUCUGAAGCAGCUCGAUGAUGAGCGAUUCAUCGUCAAGGCUUCAUCCGGCCCCAGAUAUGUUGUCGGUUGCAGAUCGAAGGUCGACAAGGCGAAGCUCAAACAAGGCACACGAGUCGCGUUGGAUAUGACGACCCUCACAAUAAUGCGAAUGUUACCUCGAGAAGUCGACCCCUUAGUCUACAACAUGUCGCUGGAGGAUCCGGGACAGGUCAGCUUCGGUGGCAUUGGAGGGUUGAAUGAGCAGAUCCGCGAGCUCCGGGAAGUGAUCGAACUCCCACUGAAGAACCCCGAACUCUUCCUAAGGGUUGGCAUCAAACCGCCCAAAGGCGUUCUACUUUAUGGACCCCCUGGGACCGGCAAAACUCUUCUGGCGCGUGCGGUCGCUAGUGGUCUGGAAACGAAUUUCCUGAAAGUCGUCUCGUCCGCCAUCGUCGACAAAUACAUCGGUGAAUCGGCACGGUUGAUCCGAGAGAUGUUCGGAUACGCGAAAGAACACGAACCUUGCAUCAUCUUCAUGGACGAAAUCGAUGCCAUCGGAGGCCGGCGUUUCUCCGAGGGGACGUCCGCCGAUCGUGAAAUUCAACGGACGUUGAUGGAGCUUCUCAACCAGCUCGACGGCUUCGAUUACCUGGGCAAGACCAAGAUCAUCAUGGCGACCAAUCGUCCGGAUACUCUUGACCCGGCCUUAUUACGUGCCGGUCGUUUGGAUCGAAAAAUCGAGAUUCCGCUGCCAAACGAGGUUGGACGACUGGAGAUUCUGAAGAUUCAUGCCAGUGGCGUCCAGUCAGAAGGCGAGAUCGACUUUGAAAGCGUCGUCAAGAUGAGCGAUGGCUUCAACGGUGCUGAUCUUCGGAACGUGGUCACCGAAGCGGGCUUGUUCGCUAUCAAGGACUACCGAGACGCCAUCAACCAAGAUGAUUUCAACAAGGCCGUACGAAAGAUGGCAGAAUCAAAGAAACUGGAGGGCAAGCUGGAGUAUCAGAAGCUGUAA